AUGCCUCAUGCUCUGGUGAUACGCGAAAAGAAGGUAAAGGCCGGCCAGCCUUACUACCCGCUGCAACUAAAGGCCAUAUCAAGACCCUCGCCUGGACCCAAUGAACUCCUAGUAAAGAUGGAAGCAGCUGGCUUGAAUCACCGCGACCUGUUUAUACGUCAGAAUCUCUACCCAAAUAUAUCCUUCAAGGCUCCUCUGCUGUCUGACGGCUACGGAACAGUCGUUGAAGAAGGGCCUGGCUGCACAGCCGGUCUUCUACACAAGGCAGUACUCCUGACGCCAUGUCGCGGAUGGUCCGCAAGCUUAGACGGACCGGAGGACUGGGCCAAGUUCAGCACCAUGGGCGGCACAGAGCCAUACACUCAUCUAGGAGCCGCCCAGCACUAUAUUGUCGUUGAUGAGGCCGAGGUCGAAGAGUGUCCGGAGCAUCUUGGUGCCGUGGAAGGGGCUGCCAUACCGUCCUGCGGAUUGACAGCUUGGCGUGCUCUCGUUGCCAAGUCGCAGAAUGCGAAGCCGGGGCGCAAUAUCCUCAUUACGGGCAUAGGCGGAGGUGUAGCCCUUCAGGCGCUCCAGUUUGCCCUGGAAUUCGGGUGCAACGUGUACGUGACGUCUGGGUCGGCGGAAAAGAUCGCCAAGGCCGUGCAGUUGGGGGCAAGGGACGGCGUAAUAUACAAGGAUGACGAUUGGCCGAAGAAGCUAAGUCAGAAACUGCCAGAGGAACGACCCUAUCUGGAUGCCGUCGUUGAUGGAGCAGGCGGUGACGUUGUUAUCAAAACUACGCCCAUCCUCAAACCGGGAGGAGUCAUCGCCAGCUAUGGCAUGACGGUAGGGCCGCUGAUGGACUGGCCCAUGCAGGCGGUUUUGAAGAAUAUAGAAUUGAGAGGGAGCACUCUGGGGUCCAGAGUGGAAUUCAGGGAUAUGGUGCGAUUUAUCCAGGAAAAAAAGAUAAAGCCCAUAGUUAGUCGAACCGUCAAGGGUCUGGAUUGCGUCGAUGCCAUUGACGGCUUGUUUGAAGACUUGAAGGGUGGGAAACAAUUUGGCAAGCUAGUCAUUGAAAUGUAA